UCGUGUAGUGCGUAGCUCUACUAGAAUUUGGCUCUAGUGCUUUAGGAGUUGUGAUUGUGAACCUUUCUGAAGAAUAUGGAUUUUAUUUCAAAUAUUUGGAAGGCUACUACAAAAGGAAAGGAUGAAGUCAAGCCGCUGGAGCCGGAAACGCCACAAGAAGCUACAGAUGAGGAAAUUAAAGAGCCCGUGACCGUCGAAAAGCAGGGUGAUGGCAGUGAUUCUAGCUCGACUUCGGGUCCAGACUCCGACGGUCCGAUGACUCCCGAAACACCAAAUCCAGACCUGGCGAAAACGGAGAGGUCCGCGAGUGGAGCAAGUAUGAGUGCACCUCUCGAAAAUGUGUCUCACAAGGCGAUGGAGUCUGCAAGAUCUUUCGGAAGCUUCCUGUAUUCAGUGGCAAACAAGGCGGGAAAAACAGUUCAAGAAACAGCCAAACAAAUCAAAACGACCGUAGAAGAAAACAGCAUCUUAGCAGACUUCAAUCGUGAGCAGGAUUCUUUCCUGAAGAGCAAGCAGAAGACUGAAACUGGAAUUCUACCAUGGGUGGGAUGUGAAGAUGAGGAGAAUGCAAAGCAGCAAAUCCUGUCUCUUUCUGCUGACAAGCGCAAUUUUGUGAGAAGUCCACCUAGUGGAGUCCAGUUUGAAUUUGACAUGGAUACCAUCUCGCCUGUUGCCAUGGCAAUGCUUCAGGAGGACCCCAACUUGGAGAAAAUGCGCUUUGAAAUCGUUCCAAAGCUGAUCCCUGAGCAAGACUUCUGGAGGAAUUACUUCUACCGGGUAUCCCUCAUCAAACAGUCAACCCAGCUGAGCGCCCUGGGACGAGACAAAGCAAGCAGUAGCAGUGCCGACUCCUCUUCCACACAACCCAGCCCUUCUGAAGAAAGCAACAAAGAGCAAACAAGCCAGAAGUCGGAAGAACAAGGUCCAGCGAGUCCAGAGGAGCAGGAAGGGAUGCUGGACAGCCCAACUCACGAUUUUGUCUCGGACACAUAUGAGGGCAGCAAAAUCUCUGAGGAGGAGGUCAAGAGAGGCAUGAAACAACUGGGCAUGGGAGACAAAGCAGCAGACGACGACUGGGAGCAAGAACUGCAGCAGGAACUGCAAGACUACGAAGUUGUAGCCCAAGACACCGGACGACAGGGUGAUGACCCCGAGUGGGAAAAUGAGAUUCAGGAGAUGCUGAAUUCAACAAAGUAAACCCUUUUCUUCUAAGUACACGCAUGCAAAUGAUGUGAGACAAUGGUCGUGCCAUUUUCAUGGCACAGACCUGCCUCAACCAUGCAAUUCAGGAAUAGGAGCUUUGUGUUUCCAAGACCAAUAUUGGCUUUUAGGAUCUCCUCACUAACUGUUUGCCUGCAUUUUCUUCCUGCGGGCAUUGUGGUCUGAUGUUUGGAACUGACCGACUUUGUUCCACACACAGUGUUGUUACAUGUUACUAUACUGCCUACUGAGCCAAUUGUGUGAAGGGAGGGAGGGAGGUGGCAUGACGUCUGUAAAAAUGAUACGAGGGAAGUAGUUUCUUGGAGAAAAUGUUCCUGUAUACUAACCUAGUCUUGUCAUAUAUGCCUGCUUCCAGUGAUGUUUAAGUGAAGUUAUUGUUUAAAGGGCAUGCCCCAGGUUACAAGUUUUGAGUGCUGCUGGUUUAUUUUUUUGCUUUGAGUUUUUUAUUGUGAAUAUCUUGUUAGCAUGAUUCGUGCUCCAGAGCCCUUUGACACUCAAGACGAGAAAAAGCGGUAUCUUUGUCAUAAUGUUGGUGUUUUCUCAAACUUUGUGCAUGGAAAUAUAUUUGCUGUGAGGUUACACGUUCAAGGACUGUGCGUAUUCAUCCGCAAACAUCUGCGGGGUCUGCUCAGAUGUGACCGAAGCAGAGUGCGUAAAAAUGCGGCGGCAGCGCGACCUACUAGAUCAUGACGACCAUGUCAUUAAUCGGCCGACCCUGUGAGGAACCCGUCCGCACGAUCCGCUAAGGGCGCUACUCAUCGGCCCGCGAGAUCUAAAUCAUGAUUGGACAAUGGAAAUUUGAACGGGACGUACAACUACCGUAGCAGAUGACAGCAACAGCUCCUAGGAAAAUGCAUAGAAUGAUGACAAUGAACUUUUGAAAGAAGCACCUCCCGCGGGACGCGCAGCGCUUGUACAAAACUAAGCUGAAGUACAAAGUAUAUUUAGGGCCUGACUUUUUAGGGUUAAACCCGUAUCCGCCCGAUAUUUACCUCCCGAACGAAAUCUGUAAAAUUCGGGUUUAACCCGAAUCUACCCGAAAACAUCCGGGUCACGUGGCACACUCAUAAGCGUACAUUAAAAUAAAGUUUGAUAACAUUGCUAAACAUUAGUUCCAUGUUAAGACAAAUUUUUAUUAAACAAAAAAAAAUCACCCGAAUACACCCGAAUUCCUGACGACAGGAUAUGCCGUAACGGGAUUUAACCCGAAUACACCUGAAUUUUCGAAUGAAAAAUAUCACCCGAUAUUUACCCCCCGAAUUUGGCCAAAAAUAAAACCCGAAAAAGUCAGGCCCUAAGUAUAUUGCAGAAAUUGAGGAAGCAAUAAUCGGGCCGAUGAGUAGCCCCACCGCUAGCUUCCAAAUGCGGCUCUUGGAAGGGGUGCCUAUGACAUGGUCGUUAUAAUUUAGUGGGUUGUGUGCUACAGCACUGGAAUCUAUGUUAGGGGCGCGCACCAGAUCAGGCCGUUAUUUUAUUCCGCUGCCUAGUUAUUGAUAUACUUCGUAUCCACGUAUGUAUCCAGUUGUGAAAUUUGCAGAGAGCCGCAGCAUGAACUGUGUAUUCACUAGGAAGUGCAGGGUGUGUUCCUCGAGCUACAUGUUUCUCGUUUAGCAUCGUAAAGUACUUUGUAGGUUGAAGGCUGUAUGACACCACAGCAGGUGUCGCUCAAGAUCCGUUGUGAUAUAAGCAGACGAACAAUGUAGUGUCAUUAGGCCUUCCUCUGACCUGUAGAGGUCUUGACUGCUACAAAGCAAGUCAGACUUCCUUGGAUGUAUGUGCUGGAGUAAAAUUAGGAAUAUACUGUCCCUCGAUGUCUUAUAUUCUUACGGCUAGCCUGCUGUUAUUGUGUUUUUCCUUCUACUUUUAAAUGCUGACACGUAGUAUCCUCUGCUCUAGUGUGAUCCAAAUGUGUACACAGCCCAUUGUUGCAUUUACGGGCCUUGCACGUUAAGUUCCCCGCAUAAUUCCCCACGCAUCUAAUCAAGCACAAAGGGUAACAAUCUUACAGGUGUCAUUCUUUCAAUAAACAUUAAAAUUCACGCUUACAGAUAUCGAAAAAUAUUUUUUUGAGACAGCUAACUACACACUUAUAGCGUGAAUCACGUUUUUCUUUUCUUUCUGCUGCAUACAGCAGUAAAGAAAUGAGAAAACAUUUAUGUAAAUAUGCACACACAAUUUAUGUAAGAAGCACGUAGACCGUUUCCGAGCGCACUGUAAUCAUUGUUUCAGGAAUGCUUUCAGAUGUCAGCAUUGUACAGUGCUGGAAAAAAGUUUACGGAACACGUUCCGGCACAUUCCUUCCUCAAGAGUGACACGCUUGGCAGCGAAUGGGACCCUACGCAUUUACAGACAUAUGCAUAGGUAACGGUACUACGCAUAGGUACGGUGUCCGUAUGGUACUAUUCGCUGCUAGUGUGGUACCCCGAGGAAGGAAUGUGCCGGAGCGUGUUCCGUAAACUUUUGUCCAGCACUGUACCAGAAGUGAAGGGCAUCCCAGUGGUUUAACGUGGUGCCAGGUGUGCAGCUACCGCACAUUAGUGCAAACGCUGCGUGCAUUGAAACACACUUGGAACAAUGGCAGCUAUUUACAACUGUCGCAGUUCAAAGAAUGGUCAUUACAGUGUGUAUGCACUCACUUCCCUAUUUACGUGUUUUGGGGUUUUUUGAACUCUCAUUGAUUAGCUCCACCAGCUAGCUACCCUUUGCUGCUUUUGUUUUACUGUUCACUCCAAGAGUACCGUAAAACCAUGUGACUUUGCUCCAGAAUGAAAAUUUGGCUUUAGUGUAAGUUUGAGGUGAACCUUCUUUUAUACUUUUGUUUAUAUGUGGAUCUAAUUCAACUUCUCAUCUGAUUCAGAAAAAAAAAAAAUAUUCUCAGGAUAACAUUUUCACCAGAAAAGAUUGGGAGCUUUGCUCCUUUUUAAUCUCUUCAUUGUUUACUUUUUGUACACAUUGCAAUUUUUGGAAGCAUACGCAAAAAAUGGUAAAAAGUGGCGCACAAAAAUGAAAAUUUUGUUGAAAAGAAGGAAUAUUCAACAGGAAAAAGCAUAUCAUGUACAGAUUCGAAUACUUCAUGCUUUUGACGUUGUACAAAACCUUUGGAAAGGAAAGACAAAAUGUUUUAUAGGAACGGCUCCCUGAACUUUUAUGCAUCUCAUGAAAUUACUAUAAAUCUUUUUGCUGUGUCUGCUGUAGCACACAAAAAUUAAUCCGUGAUGUGAAAGUGAAAAUUACUUGCAUACAGGCUUUCUCAGGUCAUUUGCACACAAUCUUUAUGCAAAUAUGGCACUCACGGAAAUUUACGCACCACAAGCAGUUUUUCAAACUAACAUAUAUAAAUUUAGAGUUGCUCAUGCACUUUCAAAGUGGUGCUUUUCUGGGUGUAUAUAAGGGAAAACUUUACAACAGUAGAGAAAGGUGGGAGCAAGGUUACACCAGCUUUACGAAAUGAGAACACGUGCGAGCUAACAUCUACAUCCCUGCGAGUUUAAUCAGCAGCACUAAUUUGUGUGAGACGGUGUUUACCCGUUUGCGUUUCUUAUUAAACCUUCCGUGAAGAAGCCACAUGUUCUGUGUGUUACUACUGCUGUGGUUGUAUUAUGGCCUACUAACAUGGAGCCCUCCUCAGACACAGAAACAUUUUCAUGUACAAAGUACGUACAAGCAAUUUUGGCAUUCACGUGUACGAAAGAUAAGCUCUUUUGGUGCGCCGUUAAAUUCCAUUCCUGAGUGGGACGUCUCUGUAUUACGUUGUACCUCUGUCAUGCCUAAGAGUCCUUAAUAUAUGCAUCACAAUAUUCAGCGCAUGAAUACACCGUUAUACAUAUAUAAUAUAUGGAUGUAGACACAAAAUAUAUAUAUCAGUGGGCUAGUUUAUGUCAACUAGCAGAUUGAUUUAGUCAGAAUUGGCUCUGCAUUUGUUUUUAAAUAGAUCUUUCAACGGCUGUCUCAUAAAGCCACGCUGUACAGGUAUAUAUUACAUUGUGCUUGCAUGUAAUUAUUUGCUUUAUCUUGUUACAAGGGAUGAUGUAUUAAACGUUACAUUCCAGAAAUA